AUGGUCCAAGAUUAUGGUGUCAGUAUUGAGAAGAUACCGUAUAUAGCAGCUCUUGCCAUGCUCAACGUCUCAUCUCAUCUUGAACUGCAAUUUAAGGACCUCAUAGGAAUUGUUAAUGUUUCUGCUGUGAUAAUCGGAAUGCUAGUGGUCAUGGUCUACUGUGGAAUAAAAACUUUCGUCGCUUUGGAUCGAAUUCAGCGCCAAAGGGUGAAGCUUAUCCAUAAGCAGCUGUUGAAGGCGCUUAUAUUGCAGACUCUCCUACCGGUACUUUUUGUAUUCAUACCUGCGAUAUGUGUUAUAACUUUUUCAUUGUUUGAAAUUCGGAUAGGCAGCCAUGCAAACAUCGUAACCAUUUUACUGGCUAUAUGUCCAGCUUUGGACCCCUUUAUAUUGGUGUACUUUGUUCGAAGCUAUAGAAAUCAGGUUCUAAAGUACUUCCGACUACUUGCCUUCGUCUUUCCAUAUCCACGUUCCACAGAAACCGCCAAGGUCGAUUUGAUAUACUCGAUUAAUGGACGGCCAAGAGGAAGAGCGAUUUCUGAAUUCUGA